GCGGCUACGUCAGAUCCUGAACUUGAGCGCCAUUUUUUUUCCUCAACGGGGGAAGAAAGGGACAAAAGCUUGACCAAAAAAGAAAUAAUUUACGUUCGGAAUCCGCUUGUUGUCCUCACGAUUCGUCUUCAACUUCGGCCUUCCAGGUGCGGCGCGUGUAGCCGGGGCAUGUCGCUUGGGUGAGCGUGAGUGAGUGCGCAGCGCUGUGAGCACACGCAGCUCACCGACACUCCGUUUGUCGCGGGCGGGAGGAAGAGAGGAGAGUGGGGGGAACGGCAGCUCUCCUGCCUGGAGGUGGCACAGCGACGACCGACUUAAUCUGCGCGGAGAAAUCAACGAGGAUCUCAAUGAAAACUCUCCAAACUCUGAUGAAGAGGAAGCCUUUCAGGAAACGGACUGGAUCGAUGUCACAGAUGGAUAUAGUAGCCGAAAGCGAAAGAAGUGGCCUUAUCGGUCUCAGUCUGUGUGCUGCAGCAUGUGCAAGUACUCUUCAAAAAACAUCUACAACUUCAGGGUCCACGUCUCUCGCUGCCACAUGUAUGGUCAGUCAGUCUGUGCGCUGGUGCCCUGCACUCAGUGCCUCUUUAUCGCCCAUCCCAAGAUCGUCAAGAAGCACAUGCUUUUCUUUCAUGGCAAAGUCCCUGUUUCAGUGCAGCAGCAGGUACAAAAGGCAAGUCCUGUACGCAUACAUCAUGGAAAUCAGAGGUAUCAGUGUGCAAGAUGUGGCUAUCCAUGCUCCUUUAUCUUUGCUAUGAAGAAGCACAUCAUUCUCAAACAUCUGGAACAUUUGGCAGAGCAGUAUAUCGGUUACAGGUUGCACCAACAAGCCAAUUCCUCUGUAAGGAUCUACUGCUGCAAGGAGUGCAAGGUGAACACUGGAACCCUGGACCAAAUGUUGCACCACAUGCUUGUUGAGCCAGCACACUACUCCAUCAGCACACAAGUGCAGAGCAUGAUCAGUGAGAACAAGAACUACAUCGCAAACCCAACUCCGAAUGGGAAYGGAUUGUUCGUCUCAUUUCCAAGCAUUGCUCCAAAACCACAGGCACCUCAAAUAUUGACCAAGAGCUCCUUGGUUCUACCAAGUAACGGCCAGCCUUCUGGGGCUGUAGUUGCUGUACAGCCACUGGUGCAGCCACAGGGAACUACAAACAGUACAACUCUGCUUUGUACCCCAGGAACUAAUCAAACUUUUUUGCCCCCACAAGCAUCAGCGCUAGUGCAGCUCGCUAGUGCUGAAGCUAAAGGWUUGCUCCAGCCUGGUGCCACAAUAGCCCUUCGAAGUGCGCUGCCCCAAGGAUCAUCUGUGGUCCCGCUUCCCACUGGAUCAAAUGUGUCUCUGAAACAGGCACCGGUAACCUUAUCUGCGGCUACGACUCAGCCCCAGCAAACGCAGCAAUCACAGCAGAUCCUUCUUCCUUCAGGACUUCAGACCCAGGUGGAAUCCGGGUCCGUGCCCAAGCCAAUAAAACACACCACUCUCCAGGGGACUAUGCUGACGUCACAGUCCCUGCUGAAUCACCUGAUCCCAACUGGGAACAAGGUGAACGGCAUGCCCACGUACACUUUCGCUCCGCUGCAAGCAGCAAUGCCCGUGUCUCAGAGGCUGAACACUCCCCUCCAGCCCGUCGAUCAAGGAAACUCUGCACCGCAGACCAAGAAAUGGAUCACGUGCCCACUCUGCAAYGAGCUUUUUCCUUCCAAUGUUUUCGACAUGCACAUGGAGGUGGCGCAUCCGACUAAACCCUCAUUCAAAACGGAAAGCGUGGCCGCCCGAGCUGCUGCGCUCAAGAAAAUGCCCGACAAAACGGUCAAAUGUCUAAUGUGCAAAAUUCUGCUGUCGGAAAAGACUCUCUUCCAACACCUGCUACAUGGCCUUAACUGUUUGUACUGUGCAGCUUUGUUCUUUUCAGUCAAACAGCUUAUAGAGCACGUACAGCAGCACAACCCUUCCAGCAAGGCCUACUGUGAUUUACUUAGGCAGAAAUACCGGGUGUACUCAAAAGGAACUGGAGAGAUUGUGUUCCCUUACAUCGACGUGACCACAACUGCACCGAGAGAGGUCAUAGGAGACAAAGAGGUCAAUCUGGCCUUGGUCACGAAUACCCUCGAACUGAUCUACUUCAAGCUGCAGCCCACCAACCAGCAAGGCAUCUGCUCCGCACCUGUUAAAAUCAGCAGCUCUUACUGUCCUUUCUGCAGUGAGAAGUUUCAGAAUCUGCCCGAUCACCUGCAGCAUUUGAAGCAGAAGCACUUUGUGGCGCCCACCAUUCACGCCAUCCUCCAGACUGAAGCUUUCAAGUGCAUAUACUGCAACGGUGUGUACACUGGAAAGGUCACCCAGCAGGCUGUGAAACUCCACAUUCAGAGGUGCCGUUGUUCUCCAAAGCCCCCGAAGCCGCAACCGCCGCCGCCGCCUAAACCCACACCAGUGAUGCAGGUGCAGACACCACCAAAACCAGCUCAGCAGCUCAGUCAGGCUUCUGGACUCUACUUCUUGCAAAUGCCACAAGGAAUGACGAUGACGCAGACCUUAGCUCCAGCUCGAUUGAUUGCAGCUCCACCCCCAGCACAGCCCAAAGAAUCCGAGGCAGAGAUUCAGUCUAAGAAGAGGCUGGAAGCUGCAUUGAAGGAGGCCAUGGAAGCCAACAGGCGAGAGCGAGAGGAAAAGGCUGCCCGGCGCAAGAAACGUGAGCAAGAGAAGCUGCUGCAGGAGAAGCUGCUGCAGGAGAAGCAGCAGCAGCAGGAGAAGCAGCUCCAGCUGGAGGCGGCGGCAAAAAGCGACCCCAACGUGAAACUCAUGUUGGAGCCAACCCCUGCGGAGCGACGCAGCAGCGAUGAGCGACGAGAUUUCCUGUCCAAGUACUUCAACAAAAAUCCGUACGCGAGCAAAGCAGAGACCGAAGAGCUGGCACGGAGGCUGUCGGCAAACAAAGGGGAUGUGGCGGGACAUUUCAGCAAGAAGCGCAGCAAGUGCAUGAAGAGUCUGAAGAAGAACAGGGCCGCCAUCCUGCUGGGCUUCAACAUGACUGAGCUGUGCAAAGUGAAGCACAACCUCCUUAUCCCAGAGCCGCAGUUACCGCCGUCGCAGGAGGAUGACGAGGAGGAGACGCCGCCAGCACCGACUACUGACUCAGCAGAGCCGACCGGAACCACUGAGGACGAACCAGAACCGAUGGAUGUAAGUGAAGCUGAGAAGGUUCCAGAGGAAGAGCAGGUGCAGCCGAUGGAAUGAGCUGAUCAGUGUUUAGAAAUAAAGACUUGAAAACAGAAAAUCACAGAAGUUUGAAUUUCAAAUUAAAUAACCCUGUUAAUUAAGGAUGGCUUUGGGCUGACGUUCAGAGAAAAGCUUUACAGGUAGACAUGCAGAUCCUAAAAUACACGUUCUCCUGUAACUAAGGGCAGUGUGUUGAUGUAGCCUCCUGACUGGCUCUUCUGUAUGUCAUCGUCACUAGUAAUUUUUCUAAUUUCCACAUGCCAUGUUGCUAAAUGUGUAGCUGGACUCUGUAUGUCAUUCAACUGUGGCCGUCGUUUCCAACCAAAGUACGGUUUCCCCUCUUAAGUUGACUUUUUCUCUCUUGUUUUUUGCCUAAUGUGUUCAGUUAUUCACGGUAUUUCUUUUCACCCCAACACCAAAUUGUUUAUUUUAAAGCAAUCUUUGCCUUAUGACAUUGAACCUGUUUCUAUCGAGCACAACUGCUGCUUCUUCCUGUCCUGUUUUGUUUGUUUGACACAAUUUGCAUCAGUUUUACUUUGAGAUGAUACAAGUUUUCUCUUCUCACCAUCUUCAAGACCAAAUUUUUCAGAAUGCGUUAUAUUCCUACAGUUAAACUUUUUUUUUAAUGAUAUGGUCUUUUUUUUUUUUUAAAUAACGAGUUACAAUUUGUGCCAUUGUGAAGUCUACGUAUUUGCAUAGGCUUGUGGAAAUACCUAUAGAGAUGCAUCAUGACUUGUUUUUAGGUAUCCUGUGUUCGUCACCCCUUUUUUGUACUAGUAUUUUCUAUAAUUCCUGAAAGUAUGUGGGUUUAGGUAAAUAAAAAUAAAUAAAACAUCACUCUGUUCAAGGCCACUGUGCUGUAAACAAAUAGUA